UACUGUCAUCAUAAAAUGGCCACGAUUAGCUUCAAGCCUGGUAGUCGGUUUUCCGUGCCAGACUGGCACACCAACAGUUCCCUGAUUUCCCAGAAUGCUGAGAGGCAACGCACAGCUUCUCAUGAGAUCCGUCAGCAAGCCAGGGUGUUGCGCAAUGAGACAAACAACCAGACUCAGUGGGAUGAACACGAUAAUAGAACGCGUUUAGCUGAUCGCAUUGAUGAAGUGAAUAAAUGGAGGGAAGUGCUGGACAAAUGUUUGGCUGAAGUGGACGCGGAAAUUGAUGCACUGAAUCUGAUAAAAGAUGAGGCGGAGCGAGCCUUACAGGCCAAGAACGUCCCACUGGAUGUGGUGGUCGAGUGUUUGACUUUUCGGGAGAGCCGCAGGGGCAUUGACCUGGUGAAGGAUCCUGUGGAGGAUGACUUGCAUAAGGAGAUGGAGGUGAUUGAAGGUGCCCGCAAGGCACUGCAGCAGAAGAUUAGUGAGGCAUUUGAGCAGCUCUGCCUCCUGCAAGAAUCUCGUCAACAAAUGAACUGGGAUCACCGAUGCAAAGUGGAGACAAUUGAAAUAGAUCGGACAUGCCUGUCCCUCAACAAUAAUGCUCCUAACAUUUCCUUGAAACCAGAUCCAACACGUGUUCCACAUGAGACUACCAGCCCCCAGGAAUGGGAACAGUAUAGCCGUUACAACAAGGAGAGAGCAGAGGCUGAAGUCCGAGCCUCUGUACAAUUGAGAGAAGUAAUUGCAAUGACUAUUGCACAGACUAACAAUGAGCUGGAGGCUCAGAGAGUCGCUGUGGAGUUUGAAUUUAGGAAGAGGAUCCGGGAAUUUGAAAGAGCUCAUAAUGAGCUGAAGUGGCAAGAGAAGAACACUAAAGAGGAGAUACAAGAACUGGAAGAAGACAUCAGGCAUUUGGAAGCAGAUCUGAGGGACAAGAUGGGCCCUCUGAAGCUGGCUCAUACCCGGUUGGAGACCCGCACUUACCGACCAAACAUGGAACUAUGCAGGGACCAGGUGCAGUACGGUUUGACAGAUGAAGUUCACCAACUGGAAGGCACAAUUGCUGCUUUGAAGCAAAAACUAGCUCAAUCACAGGAUGCCCUAGAUGCUCUGUGUAAACAAUUAGCUCGCAUAGAAGCUGAUGUCAAGUCUAAAGAAAACUCUCUUAGCCUGGACAAUAAGUGCCUGGAUGUUCGUCAGAAACUUACCAUGCCUGCUGAGAAAUAUGUUGCUACCCUGGAUACAUUCAACAGAACUACCAAUCGUAACCUUUCACCCCUUAAGAGUCGCCAACUGGAGCUCGCUUAGAAUGGGUGGAAAUAGAAGCCGUUGUCCUGAGUGUGUGUUUUAUCAUAUACCUCCAGUUAAAAUGAAAUAAAUUCAGAUAAUAAGCA